AUGGCCGAAAGCCUUGCGCAAUGUGUUGAUUCGCUGGAAUUGAGCGUACAAUGUCUAGAAAAGACGGUUGGUAGACUAAAUAACGAAUCUCAGUCAAGUAAUUAUUUGACUACAGGGCUACUACAAUCGCGAAGAGUAUUCGAGCUCGUGCCAGAAUACGACGUCCAGCGGGCCAAACUGGAUUUGAUUGAGGAGGUCGAACCGCUAAUUAAAAAUUUGAACAGCAAACUAGUCAAGAACUUGUCUAAGUUGGAACGCGAACGCGAUAAUUUACAACAGACACUUGAACUAAACGCCUUAAGGCUUAAAAAUCGAUUCAACGGCGAGGAUUUCCGCGAAGCCGACAUGAGUUCAGAUCUAGUGAUAAUGACCUCAUCUACCUCUGAGGAGCUAGAACAGUUAAAACAACUCAAGGUGCAGAAGACCGAGCUUUUGGAAAGUAUACGACUUUUAAGAGACACUAUGAAAAAUGAGUGA